CCCAAAGCAGUUUUUCUUCUCCAGGGACUCGGCCAGCUCGGAGCAAUACUCACGACCCCCGCCGUCAUCGGGCCAAGCGUGUCAGAGAGCUCCGCGUCGCUCAUUGCACGCUCCGUAGCCGCUCGGCGCAGCCUCUUCUCAUCGGGCCGCUCCCACUGACUGGUCGCAUGUUUUUAGGGCUGCGCCUGGCGCCGAGGCUGCUGUAUGGUCGAGGCGCCGUGGCAGCGCGUUCCAGGUUGGCCGGCUCGGGAUUCGGACGGGACGUGUUCCGACGAGCAUCGGCACGUUGCCGGGCAAGCAUUGCCUUCUUCGAUUGCGACUACACCGUCCUGGGAACAGACUGCGAGCUUGAGUGGAAGGCCAUGCUGAUCGAUCGCGGAGUGGCACCCGAAGGAGACCGUGAGCGAGCAGCACAUUUUAUGGACUUGCAUGACCAAGGCAGGACUCCGGUAGAGGAGUACACCGCCUUCCUCCUGCGAGACUUUGUUGGGCAGAUGCCAGAGGACGUAUCUCGUAUCUCGCGCGAGUGUUUCCAGUCGCGUCUCGUGGACAAGCUCUUUUCUCAGGUUCCGGAAGAGUUGGCGCGGUAUGAUCACAAGGUGCUGCUCUCCGGCUCCUUUCGACCCAUCGUGCUGCCCGUCAGCGAGCACUUCGGCUUCGACUCCCUCGUCUGCUCGGAGCUGGAGCUGGGCAGCGAUGGCCUCUACACCGGCCAACGCCGCGGCCCGCUGGCCAUCAAGGAAGCGAAGCUGGCGGGCGCGGAAGCGUACUGCAGGGAGCGCGGCGCGCGCCUCGCCGAUGCCGCCUUCUACGGCGACAGCCUCUCGGACCUCCCCGUCCUGCUGCGGGCCGGCCGGCCCCACUGCGUCAACCCGCGCUCCGCCGAGCUGGUGGCCGUGGCGGAGGAGCGCGGCUGGCCAGUGCUGUCCUGGACGGUGGCCAGGCGGUGAGCUGGCGGCCAAGCGCGUGCGGGAGAGUGGUCUCCAGGAGUGGCUGGAGCUGGCGGGGCCAGGUGCCCUUUCUUGCGCGCAAGAGCUCGGGUAUCAUUCACUGCUUGCUCACAGCACAUGGGCUGCGUGGCUCGUGCCUGUGCCAGCCGCAUUGCGAGGAGCCCAUCUGUCCCGCAACUCGGUGUCGAUCUGCCGAUUGUCUGGUGCACUUGUGCAUUGUGCAUGUGUAGUGAGGGUGUUCCAUGGAGAAGAG